AUGUGGAGGUUUCUGAUUCCCUUGCUUCUUCAUAGUAUCGAUGCCCUCCCUGCAGCUCGUGAUGUGACGAGCACUUGUCCCCACGACGCUCUUUACACGUCCCUCGUUAGCAGCGGAAUCUCAUUCUGCUCCAGUGUGAUCGGGAAUGGGCAUUGUGCUGGUGGGGGAUACACCACUCCUUCGGCGUAUUUGACUUACAACCAGACUCAAAUAUCUUCCUAUGUAAGUUGCGUGGUAGUGCAGACACAUUCAAACCGGACCUCCACGGGAUCGUCCACGUACCAAAGCGAUCAAUCAAGCUACUCCACUGGCAACCUAUCAACGAAUACGUCACCAGGCUCCCAGAGCUCAAGUUUGACUCUUUCGGUCACGGCGAGUCGUUCUUUAAAUAUCUCUGGAACACUACAGCCUAGCACAGGCAUACGAAACGCAACAUCAGCACCAUCCGGGAGGGUCACUGCACCUGGACGGAUUCCACCAGACGGACUCGCUUCCACGUUUUCAGGCUGGAACUCCUCGUUUACUUCAUCAAUUGGGUCCGUUACUGGAUCUGGGAUUGACACUGAAUCUGGCCCUGGGACUACAACUGGGAGGGCGUCAGAAAAUCCAUCUGGCUCAGGGGGUACAAUCAUUCCCGUCCCAACUACCAUCCCAUUUUCAACGUUAGAGGGCUUCACCUCCACAACGCUCUUGGCAGAUUCGACCGCUUCAGCUUCAAAUAACUUCUCCACAACAUCGGGAAACUCCAUCUCCACUACAGCCCCAACAAGACCGGCUUCUCCAAAUGGCUCGAAUACCGAGUUAUUCAACGGCACCAGCUCCCAAGUUGACGGCGCAACAUCCACCAGAGCGCCCGAGUUUCCCGCUGCGAACUUCACCCAGGUGACUCGGUCGGGCGCCAUCUCCAAAGAAACCUGCUACAGUCUUGCCCGGGAUUCUGAAGAGGACCCGACUCGUCGCGCUCUGCUACACAACGCCCAGUUGCGUGAGGAAAAUGCAACGAUUCCAAUCCCGUACAUUCAGUCGGUGCAGUUUGACAGUGGCGGGCUAGACCCGUUGUACCUAACUGUGAGAGAUGUUGCUGAAGGAACAUACUUCAUUGAUAUCUCUAACAAGAACCACAUCUCCGUCGUCGAUCCUGAGGAUAACUCGAUGCUACUGGAUGCAAACGGCAUUCACUUCUCGACGAGGAAUUGCACUUACGGUGUCUCUAUUGGAAUCAAUAACAUGCUCCAGCAAUUGGCAACGCUCGCUGGAGUUCAAUGCGCUGCCUCUGAGCAAGAAAAGCGGUCAGAGGACCUGCAGUUCAGACAAGUCCUCAACCUCCACGAUCAAUGCAGUAAUCCGAUUGUCAGAACCCUGAGACAGUAUCCUCAACUCCGCGUUGGUGACUCUGCAUGUACAGAUACCAACGUCGACGAGACUACGGGCCGAUGGGAGUUUGAUUGCACGUUUCCCGGGUCGCUCUCCGGCUCGAUGAGGUGCCAGUGGGCGAUCAAGAACGAUGUGGUAGAUUUUCUUACCACUGACCCGUUUGGAGGCUCUUGUCCCGACCUGGCCACUGUCAUCACCACUCUUGAGAUGACUGGGCAAGAUUUUCUGAAUGUCGAAUCGUUUCGGGAGACUUUGUACAGCCAGAGACUGAAUGCAACGCAAAGAGAGGAGGCGGAUACAGCUGCAGUCGCCUUUGAGCAACUCUGGGAGGUGCUCAAGCAAAUACUGUCCAAGAGUAGGACGGAACCCCCGGGAGACUCGAGCGCUCUAGAAAGGUACAUUGAGCUUUACAACACCUACAGGAACCUCGAGAACGACAUCUGUGAGGACCUACACGCGGGGGAAAUCCCGCUGAGCCUCAGCCUCAUUGCCGGGGUGACAAGGAUUGAUGCCAUCACGACACUCAACUGGGCGCCCGAGUCACCCCGAUCCUAUAACAUCACUAUUCAGAACCCCUCCGAGAUUGCUUGCUGUCCCAGCGGCGCGGUGGCAGCAGACAGCGGUGAUACCUGUGCCUACCCAGCCGAAGCCACCAUCGUCGACACAGGCUGCAUCUGUGGCACGACGGUUGGAGGAGAGUCGGUAGCGUUCGAGUACAGAGAAUGCGAAAAUUACGUGAGUGAGUGCGACAGUGAUAGCGACUGUGUGGAUGCUGGACACGCCGGGUUUGUGUGUUUAACUGGGAGUUGUUGUGAUGGUGGAGUGUGUGUGGAUCCAUAUGCCUGCUCGCAGAACGGGACGGAGCUGGUCAAGUUUGGCAGUUAG